AUGCUGAAGAAGAAAAUUAGUUCAGGGGCUUUUCCUGGUAAGCGCAAGUCAAUGCCUUCAGUUGGUAUGAGAAGAAGCACAAGGGUGUUUGGGGCACGUGUUUUGCGGUCAGGCAGGAGGCUAUGGACCAAACCUCAGGAAGACAGUAAUAAGGUCCGGGUAUAUCAUGGGGAUGAUCAGUGGGCCGAGCUUUUAGAAGAUUCUGCUGAUGUAGUAGAAGGUGCUGAUGAUGUCUGCAAGGAAGCAAAACAGGAAAAUAAAAACAGUGAGGGAGAUAUGGAAAUGGAGGAAAUUCCACCUGAAUAUGGUGAUGUGGAGGUGAAAACUGCAGACAGGAUGUAUGGGAUUAUGUACAGAAGAAAGAGAAAAAGGGCGGAGUUUGAUCCGAACGAGGAUAGAAGAUAUGGGAAGAAGUUUUUCAGGAAGCAAUGGAGAAAAAGAAGUAAAGUUGCAGUGUCUGAAACUCGUGGGGUUGACCAGAGUUCAGUUAUCGGGCUUCGUGAACUUGCUAUUACUGUGAAUGGGCCAGCUUGGAGGUAUAGUUUUUGGAUCACUUGCUUCCUUGCUACAGUUCUCAGUUACAUGCUGGGGGUCAGAAUUGGAGUUAGACGAUUUUCUGCAUUUCUUCUGUACAAACCUAUAUUCGAUGCUUAUACGUCAAGUGGAGUGCUUUUCCUCCAGGAGCUUUACAAGGAGUGCUACGAAAGGAACCUGCUUUCACAUGUAGCCAGUGUAAUUCAUGUUCCCACAGUGCAGGAAGUCUUAGACACUAAUAAGGACUAUAAGCCUUACGCGAGGCCAGCUUCGUACAUUCGCGUGAGGGACGAUGAGUAG